AUGACCGCAAUAACAUUGGCUCUGUGUAGUCUGCUGGGAGGAGCCCUCUCCUGCGGCCUUGCCCUCCCGCCUUCACAUCUGCUUGCUGGUCGAGAUGGUACAUUCUACGAGAAACGCGACACUUUACAUCCAAUCAACCCCAACAACGAUGUCCACUGGACUGUCGCGCAGAACACACGCCAAAUGCAGUCUGCGGAUGAUGCUUUUAUUGCCCGAGACUUUGCUCAUUUCAACCACCAUCCCAACUCGACAAUGUAUUAUACUGGUGGCGUCAUCAUGAAUCUCACGGAGCACAUUGAGGACCUCCGCCUUACCUUCUCAACCUACUCCGAUGCUGCUCCCCAUAAUCACAACUACCGAGUUAUCUUUGGCGAAGGUGACUGGACAGUUGCUUUGGCCAAGGCCGGCGGGAUUAACGAUGGUCCUUUGUCUGAUCUAUCUGGAAAUUGGCUGCCACCCACUGAGAGAACUGUCUCAUUUGAUCUCAUGACCAUCGCUCGUUGGAAUGGCGGCUUGAUGAUGGAAGAGUAUCUAUGGUCUGAUGCUGUCUCGACGUUUCGCCAACUCGGCCUACUUCCAGUGCCACCAGAGUCUGAUCUUCCAGACAUUGAACUCAGCCCUUAUACCGCUCCAAUCUCAACAAACCCCAAAGUUGAUGAUUCUGCUGCUAAUAAAGCAAAAAUGGCUGAGUCUGAUGACGCACUGAACAGCGGUAAAUUUGACGCCAAGAGCUUGCAUUUGUCGCCCGAUCUCAAGGUUUAUGGCCUCACAGAUCAACCUCUCAAUGUGCAAGGUUUCGUCAAGCAGCUCAAGGUCCUCAAGCAAGCGUUUCCGGAUUUACAUCUAGAGAACAGACCCUACAGACAGGUUGUUGCUCAAGGCGAUUGGACUGCGACUGUUGCUAUGCUCAGUGGCACAUUCAAGGGACCCUUGACCUUGCCGCUCUAUCUUGCGUCUGCGCCUAUUAAACCUAAUGGGAAGAAGUUCGACCUUCUCCACUAUACAAUCUGCCGUUGGCAGAAUGGCAAGAUUGUGGAAAUGCGUGUCAAUGUCGAUACUUUUGGCAUUAUUGGGGCUCUGGGCAUAUCUCUCUCUUGA